AAGUUAAGGAUGACUCAGUCAACCAAUCAGCUUUGAGGCACUCCUGCUCGUAUGUUGUUCUACCUAAUUCUCCCUUAAACGUCGGUGAUUUGAAAAAAACUUUAAUGCUCUUUAAAAUUUAAUUAUUAUUUUUGAAAUUGGGAGCUGUAAUUUUUAUAAAUAUUUCUUUCGAGCCUGACACGGAAAUUUUUAUGAGCGAUAAUAUAAUCUUGAACUUUCAUAUUUUAUAGACAAAAGUUUGAAAAUGGGAAAAAAACACAAAUUUCGUAGACGCUACAAUUCAUCGUCAUCUAGUAGCAGCAGUAGCAGUGACGAUGGGUUCAAACAUCCAUACAAGAAGCAUAUGAAACAACAGAAGAAACUGGUUAAGAAGCUCCAUAAAAGGUGUAAAAAAAGAGGAAUACCUGCAGAACUUGCAGCCGCUGAGUUAGGCUUGAUUGUUCAGCAGACCCCAACUGGACCAAAUUAUAUUCUGCCUGGUGCUCCACAAGCACCAUUUGGUGGUCCUAGUUAUCCAAUGGGAGUGCAACCCCCACCACCUGGUCCGGGAAGUGUUCCUUACGGUCAGCCGCCGCCUUAUGGAAUGUAUCCCGGAGUUCCCAAUCAAUCUCACCCCGUGCAGCCUCCUAUGCAACAGCCCAUGCGACCCCUAAUGAAUCAGCCUAUGCCUGCUUAUCCAACGCAACCAGGUGGUAGUGUCCCAAAUAUGCCUCCUAUGUAUCCGGGUAAUGCUCCCCAGUAUCCUAGUGGAGGUCAUCAAUAUUAUAAUGCGAGCGCUCCACCAUAUCUCGGCGCUACUCCUGGAUCCCAGUCGGAUAUACCCUAUCCGAAGAAACAGUAG